UGAUCAGUUAACAAUUGGCCUUGGAAACAUCACACUGUCACUUAAACCACUCUUCCCAGUGCAGUGAAACAUGGAAAUAUGCAGUUGCUGAUCCUGAGGACAUAUGUCACAUACCUGCAACUGAGCAGGGUUUUAGGAGAAGGCAGUCACAUGGGCUCAUGGUGAGGACAGCAGCAGGAGGAAUGUGAAGCUCUCCUCUUCUGUUAUCAGGCCAGCCCCAGCAUGUCCUGGCUUCUUAUCAGCCCUAGCAGAGCUGGGUUCUGACGUGCUGAGCCUCCAUAUAUCCUGCCAUAGGGUGCUAUAGGGGCCGGCCCCACUGCCUCCCAUUUGCACAUAAAGAGGCGCUGCAAUGCACGUCAUGACAGAUACCAACAAGGCCUGGCAGAUAGACACUGUGAAGAGAGGCAAUGCUGGACUUCAUCAUCCUCAGCAUCCAUUUCUUCAUCUGCUUUCUCAUAUCCCUUGCCAUCUGGUGUGGAGCAAAGGUUUUGAGGGGAGAAGGUGGUUAAAGUGCAGAGAUGUAGAUUUGCACAGUUCAAGCAGAGGAGCAGCUGAAAUGGGGCCAGAUGGUCUUAUAUUUAUUGGCAAAGAAGAGGACAUAAAGAAGUCUGGAAGAAUAACAGCCAAAAUCAAUGGCAGAGAAAUUGUUGUUUUCUACCAUGAGGGGAAAUUUCAUGCUCUGGAUUCUCGCUGCUACCAUGAAGGAGGCCCUUUGUGUCGUGGAGAAAUAGAGGAUAUCCAUGGCCAAGCAUGUAUUGUUUGUCCUUGGCAUAAGUUUAAAAUUACCUUGGAAACAGGAGAAGGAUUAUAUGAAGGAAUAAACCCUCUGGAGCCAUCACCAACACCACAGUGGCAAUCAAAAGGAGUCAAACAAAGGAUUCAUAAGCUCACAAUAGACAAUGGAAGCAUUUAUGUGUGUCCUCCAGAUUUGUCUGUGAGCUUUGACUCUGACUAUUUUGCUGAAAAGUACAAAAAUGGUGGUGAGUUAGCUAUGGGAAAACAAAGCCACUCAGAAGCAGCAGAGUAGGUCAUGGCCAGAAAGCAGGAUCAUGGGGAAUGUACUAAUGAAGAACCUUGUCAUGAAAUAAGAAUGCACUGUGCCACGAAGAUUAUCUCCAGAUUCAAUUCUAUUGUUAAUGUUAUGUUAAAGGAUUGAAACACAUAGAAUUGAGUAGGAUAAGAAGCCCUGCAUUGCCAGAAAUGUGACUGAUCUUCUGCCAAGGACUUUUUUUAUUUUUUGCAUUUCAGAAAGUCUUAUUUACAGCAAAGUGCCCUAUAAUAUUUGAAAUUUUAGAAGCCCUAUUUUGCUAGAACUUUUUUAAAUUUUAAGAGGGGAUAUAGUAUAUUACGGCUUAUAAAACUUAUUACAAAGCUAAAGGUAAAUAGUCAGGUGUAAAGGUUAUGUUUAUAUACUUAACAGUUUCUACUUAUAAUGCCUUCAGUAUAAAUGACAUGGAAAUUUUUAAUUUUUUGGUAUUUGACUGAUCUCUAGGUGUUUAUUAAGCGCCACAAAUGGAAGUACAACACUUGAGCAUAUUUUACUGAGCUUUUUUAUGCCUAUUCAUGCAUUACUACUGUGAAUCUAUAGAGGUAUUUAUUUUCCUUCUCCUCAUUGAACUCCUCUUGUUCAAAUUAUCAUAUAAUGUGACAAUCACAUCAUCAAAUAAUGUGACAAGAAAUUGUUAUGUGUAACUUGUUCUUCCUGCUUCUGUUGGUAAAAGAGAAAGUUGUUGGGUAUAGUAUGUGAUGUAGCAGCCCUCAUUUGCUUGUUUUCAUUUAUUGUAAAUACAUUUUUAUACAUUUAUUUGAAAAUAUGUACUUUCUGUUUAGAGCCAAAACUUGUGUUUUCCUGUGUGUAGUCACUGUAUAACAUCAUACCUGCCCCAAAAACCGCCUCCAAGGCAGUUUCUCUCUGAGCUGUGCUGCUUUCCAGGACAUGGUGGGUUUUUCUGCCCAGACCGUGGGGUCCAGAGUGCAGAGCUACUCUGUGAACACUGAGCAUAAUUUAAUCCUUGAGGCUAGAAAAGACCUCCAAGACCAUCAAGUACAACCAUUAACCCAGCACUGCCUAGCCCACCACUAAACCCCAGGUGCCACAUCUACAUGUCUCUUAAAUGCAUCUUGCAUGGCUGCAAUUCUUCAGCAUGUUUUUUUGUUGUUGUUAUUGGCUUUUUGCAAAUUUCAUUCAUAAUCAAGUUCAGUUUGAAAUUCCUCUUCUUCUUCUGUAAGUUUCUCUUGUGCAUGCAGUAGGUUGUCUUGCUUUUAAUGUAUGUCAUAGGUAACCAGGUCUGUGUCAACACUAUUGUUCAUACAAAUGUAUUUAAAAGUAGUGAAGCAGAGGAAAGUUUUAGAGGAAAAUAUCUGUGCCCCAUUGAUCACAAUGAUAAAAGCAAAGCACACAAUCAAUUUAUUUUACCACAUCUAAACUGUGAUAACCACCUUUGAUCAUGCCUCCUGACAUUGUUUUUGUGGUCAACAGGGAGUAGUGGCACCGUGAAA